CUCCCAUGCUGUGUUUCAGUUCCUCUUAUCAGAUAGUGGACAGUGAACUCUAAGGGGUUUAUCUACUGAAUAUUUGAGUCCCUUUACUCGCGUUCUGGAGCUAAAAGAGACUCUUUUAUAUUUUUAAAUUACGGUCAACAUUCAAGGAAGCAAUGAUGGAAGUCUCUGGUUCUUCUGAUAUUAUGAUUAUAAAUGGAAAUUCUCAUCCUGAACUAGCUAAUCUUGUGGCAUGUCGUCUUGGUGUUAAACUUGGUGGAUGUACUGUAGCCCACAAAACUAACAGAGAAACUUUAGUUGAAAUAGGUGAUUCGGUCCGAGGAAAAGAUAUAUACAUUAUUCAGACUGGAACCAAGGAUGUUAAUAAUAACAUUAUGGAACUUUUAAUAAUGGCUUAUGCUUGCAAAACCUCAUCUGCAAAAAAUAUUGUUGGCGUCAUUCCAUAUCUACCAUACAGCAAACAAUGUAAAAUGAGAAAGAGGGGCUGUAUUGUCUCAAAGCUUUUAGCUAAGAUGAUGUGUAAUUCAGGGUUAACGCAUGUAAUUACAAUGGAUCUUCAUCAAAAGGAAAUUCAAGGAUUUUUUGAUUGUCCAGUUGAUAAUCUCCGUGCUUCUCCAUUUUUACUGCAGUACAUUCAAGAGAGUAUACCAGAUUAUCGUAAUGCAGUAAUUGUUGCCCGUAAUCCUGGAUCAGCUAACAAAGCCACAUCAUAUGCAGAAAGAUUAAGGUUGGGUUUUGCUGUUAUUCAUGGAGAACAAAAAGAAGCGGAAUCUGAUAUGGUUGAUGGAAGAUAUUCACCACCACCACCUUCAAUAGCAUCUAGGAUAAUGGGGGUUGGUGUUGGUGUUCCUCAACACCCUGCAAAAGAAAAACCCCCUAUUAAUAUUGUUGGUGAUGUUAGUGGCAGAAUAGCAAUAAUGGUAGAUGAUAUGAUAGAUGAUGUUCAAGCAUUUGUGACAGCUUCAGAAGUUUUAAAAGAAAGAGGAGCUUAUAAAAUUUAUGUUAUGGCUACUCAUGGUCUUCUGUCUUCCGAUGCUCCAAGGCUAAUAGAAGAUUCUCCUAUUGAUGAGGUGGUUGUUACUAAUUCAAUACCUCAUGAGCUGCAGAAACUCCAAUGUCAUAAGAUCAAAACUGUUGAUAUCAGUGUUCUUCUAUCCGAGGCUAUCAGACGUAUUCAUAAUAAGGAAUCUAUGUCCUAUCUUUUUAAAAAUGUUACUUUAGAAGAUUGAAUAUGUUGACUAUCUAUAGUUGUGUUAAAGUGUAUUUAUCCUUUCUCAUAGGUUAUUAAAAUUGUUUUGUUGUUAUAUGGCAGUUGUUAUGUUUAUAAAAUUAAUUCAAAGUUCUGUUUUAAGCCUCAGUUUUCACAAUUGGAAAUCUUAAAAUUUAAUUGUAACAUACUGAAGACUGAGCAUCUUUUUCAAUGUUUAGGAUAACAGAAGUUUGAGAAAAUUAAAAUACCCUUAAUUUUUUCUUUGUUUUAUUGUUCACUAUGUUUUGAUAAAUUAGUCUUUUAUUUGUUUUUUUGCUUUAUUGACCAAUAUACUUGGAAAGAAUUUUUAAAUCAAUGGAAACUGAUUUAUCUAUUGUUUUAUUUUUCAUGAGACAGACAAAUUUAUUUUUCCACAUAACUCUACUAUAUUUAUGAUAAUAAAAAUUAUUAAUCAAUUAUAAAUUAUUAAACAUUGUUGUUAUCUGUGAAUCAAUAAUUGAUUUUUCUUUCUGUUGAUUAAACUAAAAUCACUUAUUAAUUCUAAUUGUUAUACUAGAAACUUUCUAUGUUAGUAGUCAACAUUUCAAAGGCUAUUUGUGCUACUAAUAUUUGAACUUAUCUUUUUU